GCUCUGCUGCACAAACACACACACACAAGCGCAACAUUAACUCAAGACCACGUUCAACCCGUGGAUGUUUAUUGACGGAUUGAGAUCGAAAGUGCCUAUUAUGAGAAAAGCCAUAAAAGGUCACGGCAAACGAUUUAAUAGUUGACACCAGCAUAAGUUCCAUGUUAACAAUUAAGCGUAAACUCUCCUACACUGCCCGGCGUGAACUUAAAGCGCAGUUCUUUUGUAAGCAGCUACUUAGCACCGUUUAGAGUACAAGCACGUGCAAGAGUAUUUAAAAGUGUGGAAUGUUGUUUGGAGCAAACCGCUGCUGUGCGAGUGGCCGCCGCGGCGAUGGCGGUGGGGGGUGGGGUGGGGGGGCUAGUGCAGAUGGACCGGGCCAUUUUUGAAAGCGUUUGAUCAAAUCCCAGGAAAUCAAAUGAGCCGGUCGAGGGGACAGGGUGUCAGGAUGAAUCAGUUUUCCUUCUAUGAGUCCUGAUUGCCGUUGCCAGAUGAGAGCAGGGGGGAGGGGAGUGGGAGGGGGCUGAGGGGGAUUCAGCGGCCCACCCAGGGUUCCGCUCAGCGAUUGAGAGUCGCCACAGCACACGGCAGCAGCGUCGCUUCACCAUGGGCGACUAUAACCGAGACACGGCCUUCCUGGGCCAAACCGGACCUCACUUCAGCGUGACUUUCAUCCUCCUCAAUACCAUUUUCAUCUCCACCGGAUUCAACGGGCUCUACAUCGUCUUUGUCGGCGCCGCCCCGGAGCACCGCUGCCUCGUGCCGGAGGUCAACCUGACGGCGGCGUGGCGGGAUGCCAUCAUUCCCGUCAGCGAGGAGGACGGACGGCCGGUACGCAGCCGCUGUCGGCGCUACAAGCUGGAUGUGGUGCGCAACCUGUCGGCGGAGGGCUACGCUCCCGGGACGGACGUGGACCUCACGGGCCUGGAGCAGGAGGGCUGUUUGGACGGCUGGAGCUACAGCAGAGACGUCUACCUGGCCAACAUCGUCACCGAGUGGGACUUGGUCUGCGACAACCAGUGGAAAGUUCCUUUUGCGUCGUCGUCUUUGUUCGUAGGAUACCUGGUGGGCUCGCUGAUCUCAGGCCAGCUUUCUGACAGGUACGGAAGAAAGAAGAUCGUUUUCGUCUCUCUGGGCGCUCAGUGCAUCUCGGUCCUGUUGCAGUCUUUCUCCCAGUCGUGGAGGAUGUUCUGCAUCACGUUCCUGUUUGUCGGAGCUUCCCAGAUUUCCAUCUACAUCUCCGCCUUCGUACUCGGAACGGAGCUGUUGAGCAAGACGCUUCGGGUGAUCUUCACGACGCUCGGGGCUUUCCUCUUCUACGGCAUCGGCUACAUGAUUCUUCCGUGGAUCGCGUACGGCAUCAGGGAGUGGAGAACCCUCCUUGCCGUUCUGUCUGCUACCUCCGUGGUCUACAUCCCUCUGUGGUGGUUCAUCCCAGAGUCUCCCAGGUGGUUGAUCACUCAGGGAAGAGUGGCGGAAGCCGAAGCCGUCGUCAGAGACGCCGCCCGCAAGAACAAAGUGGAGGCACCGCUUGUUAUCUUCAGAGGAGCCCAGUCCCUGCCUCCGAGCAAGACGUACAGCAUGCUGGACGUCUUGAGAUCCAGGAACAUGAGAUGCGUCACGCUGAUGUGUCUGGUUCUGUGGAUGGCCAUCAACGUGGGCUACUUCGGUUUAUCCCUCAACACCUCCAACCUCAGCGGGGACCCUUUCCUGAACUGCUUCCUGUCGGCGACCACCGAGGUACCCGCCUACGUCGCGUCCACGUGGCUCCUGAAGAGAUGUCCGAGGAGGGUUCUCCUGUCCGCCUUUCUCCUCAUCGGCGGAGGAGUCCUGCUGCUCAUCCAGUUCAUCCCGGCGAGCCUUAAGGAUGUGGCCUUAGCUCUGGAAAUGACAGGCAAGUUCGGCUUCACCGUGGCCUUCGGCAUCGUCUACAUCUACACGGCCGAGCUCUACCCCACCGUGCUCAGGAACCUGGGCAUGGGAAUAUGCUCGUCGGCGGCUCGCGUGGGAAGCAUCACGGCUCCCUACGUCAUCUAUUUAGGCACUUACAACAAGGCUCUGCCGUACAUUCUCAUGGGAAGUCUCACCGUCGGCUCCUGCGUGGUCAACAUCUUCCUCCCGGAGACGUUGAACAGAGACCUUCCGGAAACUCUGGAACAGAUGCAGGAAUGGCAAGGGUGGUGCUGUGGAACCAAAACCAAAAACUAUCCAGAAAGCCAAGCAAGCGAGCGGACACCCGCAAAAACACAACAAAGUCAAAAGUGACCUGCAAAGUCUUAGCGUGUAGCAACGAGUCACUUUUUGUGUGUGCUGAUGGCUGCCGAUGGACAUUUGGACCAUUAUUUUGUAGAACGUUCCAUUUGUGUUUGAUGUCAAAACACAUGGAUACCUCACCAGUCUUUAGAAUGACUUGACAUGUAAAUAAAGCCAAAUAUCAACUGCU